AUGCCGUCCAAAAGGAAGCCAGGGAAGUCCGAAGCGUCCGGAGCUUCCAAACCUUCCCCACAACCUACUACCACCACCACCAUCACUACCACCUCGGCAACGCCGCCCCCAAUACCACCCACGCCCCCAAGCGACGACACCCAAACCGUCUUGGAUCGCGCUAAAUCCCGCUCCGCAGCUUCCCGCCCCCUCGACGCCCUCCUCCACCAGAACGGCGGCGCUCUUUCGGCCCUCUCCCGACAGGACCAAUUCGCCUGGCUCGCGGCGCGCAUCGCCUCACGCCUCGCAAAACGCCCCGCUGUCGCCUCUUUGACUACUACCGCAGGAGCGGCCGCAGUAGCUCGACUGUCCUGCGGCGGCGGGCCCAAGACGCUCAAGGAGGUGUGGAAGGUUGUCAACGAGCUUAGCCUGCCGCUUCGCGUGGCUGGUACUACCUGUGCAAGGAAGCGGGGGUACUAUAGGAACGGGGAAGGGGAUCUGAGGGUGAAGGAUUUUGAAGCGAGGUGGGAGAAGAAGGUUGUGGUGAGCUGUUUGGCGGUGGAAAGCCGCUGUUUUAGGGACAGGCGGGAACGGGAGAGAAGGGGCCACAAGGAAGAGAAGACACGGGAGCAGGUGAUUGUUACGGAACAGGAGGUUCUUGAGGAGACGAGACGAAGAAAGGAGAUGGCUGCGCUCAGGAGGGAGCUGUACGGCGGUGGCGUGGGCAAGGACGGGAGGUUGGCAACGGAUCCUGAGUGGGAUGAUGUCGAGCCGGUGGUGCUUGAGGAGCCGGAGGGCGCGCUUGCCGCGAUUGCGUAUCCGGCUGAUUAUGCCGAGGCGAUGGCCUAUCUCCGCGCGGUGAUGCAGGCAAAGGAGUACUCGGAACGCUGUCUGCGCCUGACAGAGCACAUCAUCAACAUGAACCCGGCGCAUUACACCGUCUGGCUCUACCGCGCGGCCAACGUCUUUGCCCUGAAGCUCAGCAUCCCCGACGAAGUCGCCUGGCUGAACCGCGUCGCACUGGCCAACCUCAAAAACUACCAAAUCUGGCACCACCGGCACCUCCUGGUCGAAAACUACUUCCCCACGAUUGCCUCGGACCCCUCCACCUUAUCAUCCUUCGCCGCCGCGGAGCGAUCGUUUCUCCAACAGAUCCUGUCCCAUGACACCAAGAACUACCACGUAUGGUCUUACCGCUCCUAUCUGGUGGGCAAGCUCAACCUGUUUGGCGACGCCGACGAGUUGGCGGCGAUCGAGGCUAUGAUCGACGACGACGUGCGGAACAACUCGGCCUGGUCGCACCGCUUCUUCUUGGUAUUUUCCAACCCGGCGCACGCCUCACCUGGUUUCGCAGCUACCGAGGCCGACCCCAAGGUCCCUGCCGCCGUGGUGGACAGGGAAAUCGAGUAUGCAAAGGAGAAGAUACGGCUGGUGCCGCAGAAUCAGAGCGGGUGGAACUAUCUCAGGGGUGUGCUGGUCAAGGGCGGGCGGAAGCUGGGGAGCGUGGAGGAGUUUGCCGGCGGGUUCGUGAAGGGGUUGGGCGAGGGGGAGGAAGCGGAGGACGUGCUGAGCACGCAUGCGUUGGAUUUGCUGGCUGAGAUCUAUGCGGAGCAAGGGGACAAGGAGAAGGCUGAUUUGAGUCUGACACGACUGGGCCAGAAGUGGGAUCGCAUCCGGAUGGGGUAUUGGGAGUGGCGGAGAAAGUGUUUGGAGGCGCCUGCGUAG